CCAACAUCUGAGCAUACCUCCACGGAAACCGAAAAUAUGCCUUGUCCUACAUAAAUUUCACGGAGAACGCGUGGCAGCAGCCAAGCCUCUGAUGCUCGUAACUGAAACCAAACUGUGCCGCAACCUGCGCAACUGAACCAGCUUCCAUACCUCUCGGCGUUCUCCCGUGCAUUCAACAUCAGUGGAACCGCUCAUCACUUCCGCUACGGAAUGGAAGUUGUCCCGAUCAUUGAUGCCAUGACGUUUCAGGGAAGAGGCUCAGCUCAUGCCUUCAUUCACGUAGGCCCAAGUGAAUGGAGCCGAUUGCAGGUAUUAAAGUCGACGGAUAUCCUGAACGAAGGAUCAACUACCUGUAAGUGUUCAGAGAGAAACUUUAUAUCCAUCUCAGAGCAUCCCCUGUUACGUUUGAGCCAAUUUUUUAUACAAGAGUCAACAACAUGGCCUUCGGACAAUCCACGGUUCCUCUGGGCCCAGUCCGUGCAAUCAACAACCACGAUGCUCCUCUUCCAGUCCAUGCAAUCAACCACCACGAUGCCCCUCUUCCAGAUUACAACAGCCUCACUUCGCAGGAACAAGCGGAGUUGAGGGCUUCAGACCGCGACGUCUUCUCGGAUGACUAUGAAGCUCCACCUCCACCCCCCACCUACGCCGAUAGCACAGGCAACAGACCAUCAUAUAGCCCUCCGACCAAUAUUAAAGAGAAGGAUCCCUCUUGGUUGGCUCCACCACCAGACGAUAGCCUCUAUGGAGCCCAACCGGCCCCCGCACCAACCGCAACCAGCUCACGAUCCCCAGCCCCGAGCAUCCGCUCUGUCGUCACCACCGAUCCUGGCACGUUCGUCCCAGGACACGUCCUCAAGGUCUCCUCCCUAGGAAUCUCCUUGGUUCGACUUCCCGUCCGGUAUUCGGAACUCGAAAUCCCCAUCCAGCGGGAAGACGGCAGCUCAGCGUACAUGUCCCUUCGGGAGACGAAGGCCACUGGCAACAGCGUCCUCAUGCGGAACGACAGCGUCGGCGCCAACGGUCAGAUUAAUGCCCGGCUCGUCGCCACGACCGAAUAUAACUUCGGCCCGUCCAAGCAUCCGGUCAUCCGUUGCAUGCCGAUGGGAUCGUCAGGAUUUUCUCGUCCAUCGGCGCCGACCUCCCCAGGGCAGGCCUCGACCGAUUGGCAGAACGUGUGGGAACAAGGAAAGGAAGGCGUCGAGGUCCUGGGGACGGGGAAAUGGACACGAAAGACCUACGGGUUCACUUCACCCGAAGGCGGCGCAUUCGAGUGGCGCUACGUCCAGGAGCGGGAUGCUUCAGGCCAGCAACAGCUGACCAUCGCCCUCGUCAUGCUGCAGAACCGAAGUCAGUAUGAAGGGGGGAACGCCAGGAAGGGCAAGGGGCCCGAGGGCGUGACAGUCGCGCAGCUCGUCCGAAACGAAGACACUCGGCCCCCCGGCGUCAGCAAGAACAACGCCGGGAAUGGAGGAAACCUGGUUUUCCAUCGCGACGCGCCCAAGUACAUCUCGGAGGAGCUGGUGGUGGCGACGUGCUUGGUGAUGCUGAAGAAAGAGGUCGACCGACGGAGAAUGGUGCAGUAUAUGAUGCUUGGUGCCGCCGUGGUUAUACUUUAAUAAACUUGCCAUGCGAUUUUCUUGGGCUUUCCGGUGUUUGGGAUGAGUUCGGCAUCGAAUCCCAGGCAGAUGCUUGGAGAACCGCCGAUAUUUCGGAAAAAUAGGUAUCCAUAUUAUCGUUGCGGUCAAUAGUGAACGUUUGUAUCAUACUUAACACUACCGCUCUAUAAGUUAUGAAACCUCAUUCCGAG